UUGACUCUGCGGGACCGGUUAACGUCAAGAGAUGUCAACUCCCCCUCUCGCUGGGGCAGGCAUGCCGCCUGGUGCUUUCUCAGGGACACAAGCUCAAGCAGCUAGGGAGGUAAAUACAGCUUCUCUCUGUCGAAUUGGCCAAGAGACUGUGCAGGACAUUGUAUUUCGAACCAUGGAAAUCUUCCAGUUACUGAGGAACAUGCAGUUACCGAAUGGUGUUACUUAUCAUACUGGAACAUAUCAAGACAGACUGGGAAAGCUGCAGGAACAUCUCCGUCAACUAUCAAUACUGUUCAGAAAACUGAGACUAGUCUACGACAAAUGCAAUGAAAACUGUGCUGGGCUCGAUCCUGUUCCCAUAGAACAACUUAUUCCAUAUGUUGAAGAAGAUGGCUCCAAGCACGAUGAUCGUGGUGCUGCAAGCCAGCUUCGUUUUGCUAGUGAAGAGAGAAGGGAAAUCAUGGAAGUAAAUAAGAAACUGAAACAGAAGAAUCAGCAGCUGAAGCAGAUCAUGGAUCAGUUACGGAAUCUUAUUUGGGACAUAAAUGCCAUGUUGGCAAUGCGGAACUGAACAAGGAAAAUCAAACUUUGUAAUUCGAAAAGACACAAAUUUGUUUGGAUAUACUUAAUUUCUUUCUAAGAAGUAACAUGUUUUCCCACAACCAUAUUGCAGUAAUGUUUGAAAAGUCUUCAAGAUUAAAAUGUUGGGGUUUUGUAAUAACUUAAAUGGUACUGGCUUUG